AUGACUGGAACGGGUUCAAGCGAUAGCGACGGCCCCUUAAUAGAUGAUAACAUAAUACGUAUUCAACUAAGAAAGCCUUCUCACAGAAAAUGGGAGCUUCGAACUCGAAACCUGUCUCCAGAUAUCAGAUUCCCUAUAAUACAGCUAUUUGAUUAUGAAGGAAAUCUUUUAGUGGAAACAAAUGAAGAAAAUAUAUCUAUUAAAAGUUGUGAUUACGACAAAUCUCAGAUACGGGCCAGCCAAUCUUUUGGAGGAAAGGGCUACAAACAUAUUAUCCACAGAAAACUUAUACGUAAGCAUCACACGAUUUCAGGUGAUAAAGUUUACACGCGUAUAUAUAAACCUACUGUAGAAAAUGAGAAGAACAAAAUAGCUUAUAUUGUUGAGAAUAGUAAUAGUAUUUGUAACAUUCCAAAUGAACUCGCAAUAAAUUAUAAUUUUUCUAAUAGUCUACAACCAAGCAGUGUCGAAACCACGCCUUUGCACUCAGAAAUAAGCAGUUAUAAAAGUUCGGAUAAUGAAACAUGUGAAGAUGAGGAACAAGUUUUUAUCGCUAGAACUGAAUUAAACAAUGAUAUAGAAGACAAAGUAAAUGAUAAUAAAUUUUCCGCUGCUAAAAAUAGUGAAAACGAAAUUGUGUUUAGUGAGGUAAAUAAAUCAAAUUAUAGUCUUAAUAGAUCGCAAUCGUUUAGUGAUACAGCGUUAAGAGAUCAAAUAAGAAAAUGUACUGAUUACUUAAUACCACGUUCAAGUUCCGGAGCCAAUAUUUAUAAUUUCCCGCGAAAUAAAGUUUCCUUCUUAAACACUUAUUUAAGAAGUAUAGCUGUGCGCAGAGGUUUAAACGCCAACUGUUCCGUCUUAUCUGAAAGUAAGAAAUUCUUACAAAAUUCUGAGUCUGAUAAAAAAAUCGAUAAAGAGGUGAAAGACGAAAAAACUUCUAAAAUUCAUCUUAUCAACACAGAUCGAAUUAACGGGAAUAAAAGGGAAGAAAACAUAUCAGAAAAUGAAUUUAUUUAUAAUUUACCGAUGGAUAUUGCAGCGCACUGUGAAUUAAAAAAGCGAAUACAAAUAUACCGACGUGGACUAUCAGAAAUAGGUCAACGGGAAAUAAAAUUGUGCAGACCAAUAAGAAAUAGAAGAAAUUCUAUAAGUGGGCCUAUACAUGUUACACAAUCUUCUUCAUCAGAGAGUGUGGACGAAGCCGAUGUGGUACUUAAUCGGUUAAAGCGAAGAAUAUUCAAAAAUAAAUCGAGAGAGAGGCGGCGAAGUCAUGGAUCAAAACAAGAUUUAAGUCAAAACCAGUGUGGAAGAGUUAGCGAUAGCAAGUCGACCGACUGGCAAGAUGAUGACGGCGGGGCCUACGUAAGGUCCCGCCACGCUAUGGGCUCCAACAUCAGCCAGCACUCCUCCAAGGGUCUUAAAGGCCGACGGGCUAGGUCCAGUGGAGACUUGUGCAAUGGCGACUCUAAGAGCCAGACCGAGUCGUCAGUGUGCGGAUCCGUGGUGGGUGAUGUUAUGGGUUGGAACCGCUCACUGCCUAACCACCUCGACGGGAACCGCCAUCUAGCGGAUUACAGUCGUGUUAAUAACAGCUAUGGCGAACUUGGAACUUACAAUCGAUGUCAGAAAGGCGCUCGGGGCUUGCGGUACAGGGUGUCUAACUCUGGUUCAGAAGCAGAACCGGUGUGGAAGCUACAGGAAUCCCAGUUCGAUCAAGGCUACGGUUCAGAGCGUUCGCCGGAGGAGGACUACGUUGCGCCAAUAGCCCCCGCUGUCUCCCUCGAGGAGUAUGAGGCGGAACUGCGCAAUGUCUACACAUUUAUCACUGACGAAAAUACGUUUACUGUGGUGGUGGAAAAAGAUGGCAGAGGGCUGGGCAUGUCGGUUUGCGGUGGCGGAGGACUCGUGCGAAUACGGCGGCUGUAUCCACCCCAACCCGCGUGGCGGACUGGUCUGCUGGCACCGCGGGAUCUGCUUCUUUCUGCAAAUGGAGUCCCUUUAGCCGGUCUUAGUACCUACGAGGCUUUGGAGGUGUUACGCACUGCAUCCACGCGCGUAGAACUGCGAGUGUGUCGGCCGCCUAGCGACGCCUUGGAGAGCAUAACGCCGCCCGACCCGCCCACGCCGCCCGCCCGAACGCCUCAUCCACCUCAUCUUCCACCGCUGGAUCCGCUCAACUGUCAUCCCUUACAUGCUCGACUAUCUCAAACCACCAGCAGUGCGACAACAUCGUCAUCGGAAGGCCGCGGACGGCGGGAAGCGAGCCCGGAAACUGAUAGACGAGACUUACACCUACCAGAUCUUGAUAGGCCUCUACCCGUCUACGACAUUGAAUACGGGGAAUUCGACAUAGUAAUGACGAAGGUGAACGGAUCCCUCGGGUUCACAUUACGCAAGGAGGAUCACAGUGCUUUGGGCCAUUACGUCCGCGCCUUAGUGCGGGAACCCGCACUCAGCGACGGCAGAAUACAGCCUGGGGACAGGAUCGUCGCGGUGAACGACACACCCAUGUCAAACAUGUCGCACACGGAAGCCGUCGCGUUUCUGCGCGCGUGCGGUUCAGAAGUCCGGCUGCGACUGUACCGAGAUCACGCCGCAACGCCGCUGUCCCCGAUGUCACCUAAGGACGAAGGUCCAACAGACUCUGAUCUGCCUUUGAACAGGCCUAAGCCACCUUUAAGAGCUGAAGCAGUGUCGAUGCUGUGUGACCUGGCGGCGCGGCGCCUUACACCGGAUACGACGGACGGCACGCGCUCGCCGUGCCUCUCCCCGCGCAAGUUCCGCAAGCUCACUAAGGACACCAACCAUUACGAGCAUCCUACUGAUGCUCCAAGUUUCGACAUUAAGCUAGAGACACAUACUAAGGUGAACUCCGAAACCGUCGACGGUUCGGAGCACGAGCGACACACGGACACGGGCUUUCGUCCGACCGCUCAGAAAUCGCGGCGGUCGCAACGCCAGCACACUGUUAGCCUCGCCAGCCCCACAUCUCCGCCCACUCGUAGAAAACAAAAACUGAGCCUGACAGUACCUCCGCACGGAUACGAGUUAAAUAACCUGGACAACGACACCCUGGAUGCUCCUAACGUGUACCAGGAGGACACGACUAAGCAGAGGUACUCCGAGUCGGUAUUCCCUGUGGACUCUGACGAGCCGGUAUCGAUGCCCGCAGAGCUAUCGAGCGACGAAGCGCGCUUCAAGCACUCUAAUCCAACUUAUCAGAGUGCUGUACUUCAUACUUCUAGCAGUGAAGCUACUUCAGAUGGGCACAAAGAUGAUGGCAAUGGCUUGAAGAAAUGGAAAGGUGUCGCCUUGUCACCAGACAAUGAACGAAAGAUGAAACCAGAAGCGCAGCCUAAACCUAAAGAAGUUGAAGCCGUCCAAAAAGAAAAUAUUCAACCGGAUCCGCCAGUAGAAUAUGUUGACAAUGAACCUACGAUCGUGAGCGUGGAGCUGAACCGUGGGUGGAACAGCCGGCUGGGCUUCAGCGUGCAGAGCCACCCCGAGUCCGGCCAGAGCUACGUGUCGGCCGUGCACCGCCACAGCGUGGCCGCGCGCGACGGCCGUCUGCGCGCCGGCGACGUCAUCCUGCAGGUCAACGAUGAAAACGUGACAUCAAUGAAAACUCCCGAAGUCAUUGACUUGCUUCGGAUACUUCGAGGAUCGAUUUGCAUCACUGUACUGCGGCCGCCUAACUCACAAUAA